UUUUUCAGAAUACAAUGUGUCGAUGAAACAAUUUUUAUCUAGUUUUUUUUAGUUUACGAAGAUGGAUUGGAUUACCCGAACAGUUUCAAUGCUACUCUGGUAUCUCAGACCCUUGGUCAAAUGGUUCCUUAGACAAACCACAAGACUGUGCGAGCUGCAGCGAGUCUGUUAUGGUGAACCAGCAGGAGCACAGAGAACCCUAGCGGUGGAACAAUCACUUAAACUAUCCAGGAAUAAGCAGAUUAGCGUCAUCCUCUCCAACCUGGACACCCAGACCAACUUGUCGGAGCAGGAGACGAAGAAGUUUAUCGAGGAUUCUGUAAACAGUAUCAUGAAAACAAAAUCAAUUAAACCAGAUCUUCAUAGACAGUUUGUGAGUUCUAUGUCAGCAUGUUUCAAGCAUAUGAUCGGAUAUAGACAGAUUAUGCACAGGGUUGAAACUCUCAGAUGUGAGGCGUAUGAUGAGAAUAAACUAGAUCAUGAAGUUCAACUACUAGAACUUUGGAGACUUCUUCAACCUAAUACAGAUCUCGACAAGAGAGUGACUAAACAGUGGCAAGUUAUAGGAUUUCAAGGAGAUGACCCUAAAACAGAUUUUAGAGGAAUGGGGAUGCUUGGUCUUCAAAAUCUGAUAUAUUUUGCCCGAGAGUAUAGUAGUGCAGCCAAACAUAUUCUAUCACAUUCCCAUCACCCAAAAUUCGGCCUAUUCACUGCCUUGCCAAGUGACACUCCUUCCACAAGCUAUUCUAUCAUCUAUAUAUCUUCUGUUUCAGCUAUUCUAUCAUCUAUAUAUCUUCUGUUUCAGCUAUUCUAUCAUCUAUAUAUCUUCUGUUUCAGCUACCUGUUUAUUGAGUUUGAUAAGUUUUGGCUUGAAAUGGAACCUAGAGAUAUAAUGGAGUUUAACAGAAUUCGGGAUUUAUUUGAGAGUAACCUCCGAUCUCAACUUGAAGAUUCAAGAACUUGUUUUAAGCUCCAGCUGUAUAUUGAUACAGUGUGAAUAGUGAUACAGAGAAACCACAUCAUCUGAAGGGUGCAAUGAACUAAGUGGAUGAUUAACAGUUUCGCGGUUUUUCCGUUGAACAUUUACUGGAUUUUAGGAAAUAUUACUGAAAUAUCAUUCAGAGCCAAGAGUAUAUAGUUCGCUUCUAGGUCUGUCCCAGUCUUAAAAAAGUAGAUUUGUAUUCACCUUUUUUCAGUUCUUAUGCAGAUGUUAUGUGAAAUGAUAAUUUAUAAUUUUUUGCUUUAUUUUUGUAAAUAUGAAAUUUAUGGAUUUUCGCCACUCUUUACCAAUUUUAGCAAGAAAAAAUGAGUUUAUGUAAUUGAAUGAAAAAUUUAAUGAUUAACCAACCAAUGUGAUAAAACUCGUCAAAAUAUUUUUCAAAAUCGUGCAGUCGUUCUAUUCCCCGAUUUCUGGCAUUCAAUGGUGUCUUAAUUUUUCUUUUAACUCGUAGAAAUAAAAGACGAAUCACAUACUGUGCUACGAACACAUGGCAUUACACUCUUUAAACUAUACACUGUACACUGUACACUGUACACUGUACAGUACACUACACAAGGUAUAACUCCAUUCACAACAAUUCAUGUACAUUGUACAUAUAAUUAGUUUAACGCUGUACAGUUCUUAAAAUAGCCAAACAUUUUUAUUUAUAGUAAAUUAAACAUUAAUAAAACUGUAUAACAAACGGUAAAUCGUAGCUUAAAUGACUACAUCAAACGUUUCUUUAAAGUCUUUAGGAUUUAUUUAAACUUUAUUAAGCAGCAUUUAGCAGUUGCACCCUAAGGACUUCAUAUUAGGUUUACCAAAUUGUGACCUAUAGGAGGUACUAAUUAAUUCCUUUACUAUCUUGUUAUUAAAAUAACAUUGAAGGAACUACAUUAAAUGGCUCAAAGUUUAAAACAAAUUUUCAGUUAAAAUAGUUACUGAUUGAUUACAUUUUAUAAGCUUAUAGGACUUGGUAGGUAUUAGGUAAUGUAAUGUAUUUGAUUAAGAAAUGUGAAAAAAGAAAGGGUUUUAAAACUGUCGAAAAUAUAUAUUAUGGUCUUCAGAUAGUUUUUAUUUGUACAGUGUACAAGUCAGCUGAUAUCAAAUAUGAUGAAAUAUGUGUUGGCUCGAGUUAGAAAUUAAAGUGCUAAAGGGAUUGCUGACCAAUUAUUUUAAAAUACACAUGAUUAGUGGUAUUUAUUGUUUUAACUUUUUUACUAAACUUUUUUACGCUUCAAAACUGAAAAAACGAAUCAAAUAACAUUAUUUUUGGUUCUUUUUUUCCACAUAGUUUCUCCCGGGGUCAAAAUUUUCGUAGUGAAAGAAAAAGAAAUGUUUUGAACAAUCAUUUAUGCGCGUUUAUUACACUAGGCUAGAUUUUGACAUCAAUUAUGAACAAUCCCUUUAUUCACAAUUCAGUAAGGUUGGGGCAAAGAAUUAUAUUAAAUAAUGUUUUUGUUUUGUUCUGUAAUUGUUAAAGAUUAUUCAUCAUGAAGAUGUAAUUUCUUCAAAUAGAUAAAAUAUCGCAACUAUAGCCGAUUUACCAAGAUAUCAAAGAUAUAGCUUAUUUUUUAAUGAAUUUUGAAGAAAAACUUAAUAAAUCAAAAACUAUUCUCGUUUUUCAAACAUCUAUAAAAUACACCUCCUUUCAUUCUUGAAUUGUAAACAAAAGUAUAAAUGAUAAAUAAUAGAUGCAGGGUGUUCCAAAAACAUGGGAAAUGAAUGAAUACCUCGUGAUCGUCAUUGUUAAGAAUAAGUUUUGUAAUGAUAAAUUUUAAAAACUUAUCAUAAUACUAAACCAAAAGUCUUUUACAAAGAUGAUCUCUGACUAUAUUAAGUCUCAUGUUUAUUGGAAGAUCGUGUAGAUUGUAAUGUUAACUACAGGGAGAUCCAUAAAUCUGUGGAAUGGGAAGAUGACAUUUAAGCAAUCUUAUGUGUAUUUGAUAUUGUUCUGAGGCAAAUAGUUUUACCAGUAGAAAAUCAGCUUAUUAAGACCGAUCGGUUGCAGUGUUUAUUGAUCAUUGGACUAAUUAAAACCGUAACAGUCGUCUUUCUGUUCCAUAGUCUUUUAGUCUUUUGGGUCCCACUGUAUCCUGUCUCUGUAUCAGUUUAGUAUAUUAUGAGUGCCUAUCAGUCAAAUUUAUAUAUUUUUACUAAUCAGUAAUCAGCUGUUAAUAAAUGCUUUUUAUCUUG